UCAUUUUCAAAAUCAUCUCGCCGCUCACUCGCUCAGUCAGUCAGUCGCGCGUCGGAUCCGGGCAGCCGUACAACUUGACUAUUUUCUAGUAAUUAACGCCAAAAUCAGAACAAUCAUGAGCACCAAUGAAAAUAACAGUGAAGUGGCCGUUGACAAGGUCGGCGAAGAGAAGUCGGAAACGAAAAGUGACCUAAAAGGAGCCAAAAGGGCAGCAGAGGAGAAACAAACUGAGGCUGCGAAAAAGGCGCGAAAGGAGGAAAACGGCGGUGGCGGAGACGAUGAGGCACACAGCGAAGAAGAGGAAGUAGACGGAGAGGGGGAGGGGGAAGAGGACGAAGAUGAGGAAAUAGAGGGAGAAGAAGGCGAGGAGGACGAGGAAGAAUUAGGGGAAGGAGAAGAUGACGAUCUCGAAGAUGAAGAAGUCGAGGAGGAGUUAUUAGGAGAAGAAGAGGAGGAGGAUGCGUAAUACGCCUCGAGCCUUUAUGUGGACAAUGUCACAGUGAAGUGUUAGUGCUUGUGACGCCCGGACUGGCGCGGCCUUGCUUCGCCUCAACUGUCCCCGCGAGCACCUAAACAGCAAUAGAUAAUAACAGUUGGGAACACGUGAGGCCGACAUCGCUCCCACCUAAAACGGGUGCAAUUCUAUUUAAAUGACAAAAAGUAAUUAAGUCAAAUCCAAUGCAGAAUCAAUUUUUACAAUGUUUAAGUUUGGUACCGAAGCUGUAUCUUUAAUUUCUUAAGCUCGUCGUAACGAGCGUCAUAAUUAAGACUUAGUAGAAUGCUGUUGAAUAUUGUCAUGAAAUGUACAAAUGUGUUUUUCGAAAGUAAAUUUUAUUCUAAGUGAAAUCCACUCUGUAUUCUAGGUUUACCUGUGAGCCCGUUAAAUGGUGAAGUUGUGAUAUUUUUCUAUCAACUUAAGACCCAAUCCGUUUUAAUGAUAAAUAGAAAUAAGUUGACAUGGCAGUACUAAUAUAGUAGAGUAAGCAAUUAAGUCACAAAGCUCAAUUCUUCAUUUUUUUUGUUGUCGAUGAGAGUUUGUGUGUACAUAUUUAGUGUAAGUGAAGCCUGUGAUUUUAUAAUCGGUAAUGUGACAAAGGUGUGAAUGUUACAUUCAGUUUCAAACCCCUUUAAUUUCGUUACGUUUUCGUUCUUCGUUCAGCUCAAAUGCUGCCUGGAUCGGACGAUUAAAAGAAAAAUUUCCCAUUAGUUUGUUUCGAAUAAAAUUUUACUCGGAAAAAGGUCAUCAUCCAGGUGAUUAUGGGACUGCACGGGGGAGUGUGAACCUAAUAAACAAAGUGGUCAGAUUCACUUCUUACAUUACAUACAGUUUUAUUAGAAAAACAUCACAAUUUUGCCAUUAUCUCGUGCACUUCGCGCGCCGGCCGCGCGCUCCCCGUACGACUGAUAAAGAGAGCGCGACGGUCGACGCGCCGCGAUAGCGAAAGAAACCUUAUAAAACCGGCCUGAAAUUUUUUGUCCAUAAUUGUUAAUUAGGAUAGAACCCUCAGUUUGGUAUUCCAGUGUUUCGAAUGGAAGUAAGAGAUUCCUAGGUUAAAGUGAAUAGUAUGUAGGAUGUACGUCAUUUUUUAUGAGAAGACGCUAUUGGAGGGCCGGGUGUGACAGGGCAGCAGACGGGGUACAAGAGGCAGGGAACGCGUCAUGGGCCCCCUCCCCCGCGGCGCGGCGGCGCGUGGCCUCGUUCGAUUUGCCCGCGGCCGCGGUCGGCGUCACGGCGUGGGUCCCCGCACCCCGCGCUACCGUCUGCCUCGCCCGCCUUUCACUACUUCAUAGCAACGCGUUCCCUCGUGUGGAAAAUCACCCGUAGCGCGCUAUACACCGCUGUUCGACUUCGAGGAAGUACGGCCGGCGAUGUAUCAUGCUGUCGGCCUGCGCAAUCAACUGUCUGCUAACCUAGACGCCACCGAUUACGCCACGAGUGUUUUUGAUACGUUCAUUGAAUCCGUAUUCUAGCUUGUCUUUCGCGGGGCCCUGGUGUGGUGCGAAAAACUCGAAUCGAUGUAUGAAAAUGAACACAGUCCCCGAGAGAGAUGGCUAUGUGGUUUAAGAAGCAUUUAAAAUUGUUCCGUUGGCGAUUGCAUACCAAAGGGAGCAACUUGUUUACAAUAGAACAGAUUGACAUUGAAUAAAUAAAAUUUUAAUUAUCUUAUGAUUUAAUCCC